AGGAAGCAGCUGUCAAAAAGCCCAAACACUGGUUUCACGUUAGGAGCCGUAGGAGCAGAUGGGGCUGUGUUGCUUGUAGAAUAUUAAUGAAUAUAGCGUUUCCUAAUGGCUCGAAAAACUAAGAAAGAAGAGUACUACCGUUUCUUCACCGUUACAGAUCCACGCACACACGAGAAAGGCCACACGGAAUAUAAAGUAACGGCGAGGUUUGUGUCAAAAAAGCGACCAGAGGAUGUGAAAGAGGUAGUGAUAUGGAGACGGUACUCAGAGAUGAAAAAGCUGCAUGGAGAGCUGGCAUAUACACACAGAAAUCUAUUCAGAAGACAAGAAGAGUUCCCCCCUUUCCCUCGUGCACAGCUGUUUGGUCGGUUUGAUGAGUCAGUGAUUGAGGAGAGGAGAAAGGCAGCUGAAGCCAUGUUGCUUUUUACGACAAAUAUCCCGGCACUGUACAACAGCCCACAGCUCAAAGAAUUCUUCAGGGGAGGAGAAGUGAGAAGGCCGUUAGAACCCUCCUCAAUUUCUUCUUCCUCUUCUCCUCUACCUCCGCCUCUCAUCCCCCUACCUAAAGGGGCCGCCAAACUGGGAGCAGAAGAGGAGGCAGGGACAGAAGCUCCCAUCCAGGCUCAGGAACUGGAGUCCAGUCUACGAGAGAUAGAUCUGGAUGAGACUGAGGAGGCAGUGGAGGCUCUCAGUGACAUGGAGAACAGCCCAGUAGAAGAGUUAGAGAGAGGAAAAGAGGAAACACAACAUGAUAUCAACACAGAACAACCUGCCACAGGUGACAUUUUUCACCACCUGCCAUGGAGAGGGGCAUUCCUAGAAGUUGCCUGUCCUGAGCCCCCUGCUUCUCCGAUUGACCAAUCAGAGGAGUUUGAUGCACUCUUCGACUGUAGCUUGGAGGAGCCAGUGGACAGGGCUCCACCCCCUCUUUCUGUUGAGGACCUAGCCAUCUUUGAUCCAUGUGCUAAAGAAGAUCAGUCCUGUGGUUCUCCUGAUCAUUCUGAGCUCCUGUCCCUCAAAGUGACGAAUCCUGAUGCUGCUGAGUGUGAAGGAUAUAUAGCCCAGGCAGCCAAGGAGCUGAACACAGCCCAGGAGAAAGAGAAGGAAGGAGAGUACAGUGCAGCAAUAUUGAAUUACAGAGCAGCAGUGGACAUCCUUAUGAAAGGAGUGCAAGGAGAGGUGGAUGCUCAGCAGAGAGAUGCAGUGAAGAAGAGGAUAGCUGAGUGCCUUGAGCACGCAGAGAGACUGCUCUCCUUACACACUCCCACUCAGCAGCACAAUAUGUAGAGCACUCACACACACACACACGCGCACACACACACAGACAAUUUUUCAGUACUAAUAGUGCCACUCCUACGGAGUUACAGCAUGGUACGCAUACACGCUCUCUUUAUUUCUCUAUCUCUCUACCGUAUACUUCUUUCUCUUACACACACAAAUAGAAUCACUUACCUCUGCCUCUCUCUUCAACAGCCCACAGGACACACACAACACUAUUCCCUCCCACAUUUACGCUCUUAAAUAUAAAGGUGCUUCAAAUGUUUUUUGGAGUGAUGAUAUAGAAGAUCCACUGUUGGGUCCAUAAAGGACUAUGUGUGUAAUAGAGAAAAACACUCUAAAUAUGUAAAGAAACUUAACUUGAUGUAAAGGUUUUUUUUACCAGUUUAUACUUUCUUAACACUUUCACAUCACUUUUACAAACAUGGUUCUUUAUGAAACCAAAAGUUUUUUGUUUGUUCCCCAAAUAGUUUUCUAAGCGAUGCCAAACAAGAACCACGUUUGUAAUAGAGGUAAAGAACCUUUUCAUUAAGUGAUGUAUUUUUUGACGUCUUAAAAGUUUAUUAAUUUACAAUCUAGGUUCUUUUUUAUAACCAAAAGUGUUUCUUCUAUUGUAUAAAAGAAAACAAGUCUAAAGCUCCUUUACUAGAUGUAAAUGUCUUUUUCCAAUAAUAAACCCUUCACACUUACACACUACAAACAUUAUAAACAUUGUUAUUAAUGGAACGAAAAGCAUUUUUUCAAAUGGUUUUUCGAGUGAAAAAGAACCAUGUACAUUAAUGUAUAUAACAGAUGUGUGCAUUGAAAAAAAAAACAUUUUAAAGGCCUAAGAAACUUCAUACAUCUCUAUUACAGACCUAGUCCUUUAAGUUUUGCCAUAGAAGAACCACUUUUGGUUCCACAAACCAAAAACGGCCUUAAGAACCUAUUCUUGAUUAAAAAAGAUUUAAAAAGAUCAAUUUAAUUACCUUUAUUUUUAAGAGUGUACCUGUAGUGUCCUAAACUGAUAUGGUCCAGUUUUAACACUAAACUCCUUUUGACUGUAUGGCAGUAGCUUUGAGCAUGGCAACAACUUGAUUUUACACUAUCAAUCAAAAGUAAUAAUGACACUUGAAUCGUUCCAGCCUUAUACAAAUUAAACAGCAGAAAAUUCUGUUUUUUCCCAUGCACUGAUUUCACAAUAUACUGGCAGUUUUUUUAA